AUUGCAUCAAAAGCAAGUGUAACCGGAGAAACUUUGAAGGUUCCCAGACUGGAGACAAGAGACUCUGGAAACUAUUUUUGCAGUCAUUCAGGGUCAGUGAAUAAACACACAGUUAAUGUUGUGUCAGUCUUUGCUAAACCAGGCCCAGUGCUUGUGCAGUCUAGUGAUGCAGAGCUGCACUGUGACAUUACAGGAAACACAGAUACUGAAGUAAAGUGGCUGAGACCCCCUAAUCAUGAAAUAUAUAAUGGAAAAAAUCAAAUAAUUCGCCUGAAGUCUGUGAUUUCAAAAGAUGCAGGCCAGUGGACGUGUCAAGUCAAGGAUGCUUUGAAUCUCAGUGUUACAUUGACUGUUGUUGGUAACCAGACUACAGCUGUAAAUGUAUCUGAAGGGGACGACACAGUGCUGCCCUGCUCUCUUCCUCAGAGUGUAUCUCAGCAUGUUGUGGGUGGGAAAUGGGAGGCUGAGCACCUUUCCGAAGUCUCUUUCCCAAUCCUGAAGAACACGGAAAACAAAGGCUUACACUGGAAUGGCAAGGAUUCAGAAAAAGUCAAGUUUACUACUGAGCAACUCGGCACCAACUUUGAUGUCACAUUGAAAAAUGUGCAGCAUAGAGAUGCAGGGAAGUUUGUGUGUACAGUGGAGUUUGAGGGUGGAGCGAGACUAAGUGUCGAGACGACUUUGUGGGUUGUGGCCAAAAAUUUAGGUGGACAGGUGUUAACUAAAGGCAAAGGGAAAACUCUUUCAGUUAAGGAAAUCUUGACCAAGGACGUGUAUGGGCUAGAGCUGUGGGUCUGGAUUGCUGUAGGAGCCAGUUCUGUGGUUCUUAUCGGACUUAUCAUUGUGACCGUUCUCGUCCGACAAAAGAACAAACGGAUAAAGAAGAGGAUGAGGAAGCUGAGAUCCAUGUGGCAGCCUCUUACAGCCAAAGACUACUGCCAGUGCAACAGAAUGAAUCUGAGAAUGAAGUAGAGCUGGAUCAGGGAGCGAGGUCACUUCCAGUGUCCAGAUGAGAGCACAACCCACGUACACGUACAGCAGGCCCAAACCACACCAACUGAGAGGAGUAAUUG